AUGCAGGGAGACCCGGCAGCAGGACCAGCAAGCACACAGGUAGACGAAGACUUGGCCCAGCUCCUGCAAGGCAUAAACGGGACGCCGCUGAAUAGAUCCCUGGAGGAUGAUGUUGUUCCUGCUGUCCUGACAGCAUUUGCUAUCAUGCUUCUGAGCCUCAUUCCCAUCUUGAGACCUUUCUUUUCCUUCGUCAGCAAGUCGCAGCAACCCCCCCAAAAGGAUAUCAAAUGCAGCGACUACUCUCCACCAAACCUAGAGUGGCCUGAAGCGAUCGAGAGACCAUUUGUGUUCAUGAUUGAGCUGUUUUCUGAUGGGUCAGAAGACGACCGUGAAUAUGAUAGAAGAUUCGGUAUCAUGCCUGUUGUAUUUGAAACCCUUAGUCCUAAUCUCAUUCACACAGGGAUCUGGAGAGUGCUGGCCACUUUCAAACAGCUGAAUCUCCCCGCAACUGUCGUUGUCUCCUGCAGUGAUCUGCAGGAGAGUCCGGAUCUUGUUCGGGAGCUGACGGGCGGGAGAUUCGAAGUUUGCAUGCUCGUAGACUGCAGUCAGGCCCUACACCUGUGGGACCUGGAAAGGAUUAUAGACAAGUGCGGGAGGGACAUGGUAACGUAUGAGAAGCUGCUCGGCUGUACACCCAAGGGACUCUACCUGCGCAAACUUGAUCUCAGGAGCAGAAGACUAGUACAUGAACGAUUCAAGGUCGGUUACGAUGCCAACGGGUAUGGUGACAGCCCCUGGCUCGCUCCCCACCUGGUCGUUCCGAACUCCACUUCCAACGUCGAGGAUAUGAACUUGGGAUUUAGCAACUUGUUCGAGGAACUCAUUACUAGUCAUGCGAGUGAUCGGUUGUGCCCACGAAAGCUCACCAGCAUUGAGGUGCCUUGCAGUGUGUUCGGAAAGGUAACGAAUACAAAACGGCUUUGGAAAGCCCUCUAUUCGCUCAAGAGUUCGCCUGGUGUGUAUAUAACAACCAAGGGUGAAAUUGCCGCGCUAUGGUCUCGGCAACAAACGGACAAGUCAAACUCGAUACCUGAUUCUCAGCAGCCUGAUCAUUGA